GAAUAAUAUUGCUCACACUUAAUUCAUUCAAAAAAUAUAUAAAAAGUUUCCAGCAGUGGCGCUAACUCAGUUUUCCACUACUUUUUGACUCGAACUAAAAAAUUCCAAAAUGUUUUGAAACGUUUUAUAGUUACACUUUAAUUUUAUUAUAUUUUUGAAUAUAUCAUCAGUAAAUUCCCAAUUUUUUUAAAAUCAAGUGGCCGGCACUGAAGUAUUUUGAUAUAAAUAUUACAGAUGUGUCUUCAAGCCGGAAAAAAAUUAUUUCAGUGGUCAAGGACAAAGUCAUCAGCGGGAGAAAUUGUGAAACAACUAACCGUUCCAUUACGAGAACAUGCAGAGCCAAUCGUUUUGCUGACGCCAGAACAGAAAAGAGAAGCAGUUAAAGUGAAAAUUCAAGAGAUCGAACGGGCAAAAGGACAACUACCAUUUUUUGACAUGUUUAUGAGAGAGCACACUUAUUUGAGGAUAUCUCUAACGGAAAAAUGCAAUUUCCGUUGCCUUUAUUGCAUGCCAGCCGAAGGUAUUCCACUCAAGCCCAAAGAUAAAAUGCUCUCAAACAGUGAAGUACUAAGGCUUGUAAAGUUAUUCGCUGCACAUGGUGUUGACAAGGUCAGACUGACAGGCGGUGAACCUACUAUUCGGAAUGAUCUUGUGCAGAUUGUUGAAGGGAUCUCCUCUACUCCAGGAAUCAAAGAAGUUGGUAUUACAACAAAUGGUCUUGUUUUGCCGAGGUUUUUACCCAAGUUGAAGGAUGCCGGAUUGACAAAGAUAAACAUCAGCAUUGAUUCGCUUGAUCGUGAAAAAUUUGCUAAGAUGACAAGACGGGAUGGAUUUGACAAAGUUUGGAAGGCAAUUGAACUAGCGAGAGGUUAUUUUCCAAAAGUUAAACUGAACGUUGUUGUUCUUAAACACCAAAAUGAGAACGAAAUUGUUGAUUUUGUGAAUCUAACUAAAGGUCGUAACCUUGACAUCCGAUUCAUAGAGUUCAUGCCUUUUGGCGGUAACGAGUUCAAAAAUGACAGUUUCAUGAGCUAUCGAGAAAUGCUGAACUUAAUUGUUGAUAAAUAUGGGGAUGCCGUCAUACGGUUAUCCGACUUACCUAAUGACACAACUAAAGCUUAUAAGAUUGACGGAUUCCAAGGACAAUUUGGGUUUAUCACCUCGAUGUCAGAUCACUUUUGUAACACUUGCAAUAGGCUAAGAAUAACUGCUGAUGGAAAUUUGAAAGUAUGCCUCCAUGGAAAUUCCGAAGUAAGUCUACGUGAUAGAAUUCGUUGUGGUGACUCUGACGCAAAGCUUUCCGAGGUCAUUCAAACAGCCGUGGACAACAAAAAAGCUAGACAUGCCGGAAUGGACGCUCUGAAAAACUUGCCAAAUCGUCCAAUGAUUCUUAUCGGCGGCUAACUCAAGGUAUUAACUUUUUUUUCGGAUUUUUUAAAGCUUAAUUCUCAUUUUAGUCGCAUCACCAUCUUCAAUACAUGUUCACUUUAGUGGUUAUGCAGAUAUUUGGCGGGAAAUUUCUUCGGUCACCUUAAAAUUGAUAUUAUUAUGUUUUGUUCAAAUCUAAAGUAAAUAAAUGUUUUU